UCUCCGUAACUCCCCGAAAAAUGGCUUCUCUCCCACGCGCCACUCCACGCUCCUCCGCUCCUCUCCCUUCCCACAACCGUAAGCAUGUGCUCAUUUCCGCGCCAAAAACAGUUAAUCAAGGAAGAACAAGAAGCAGGACAAACCUGACAGUUAUUAGAGUCGUCGAUGGCGGUGAUUCGUACCUCGAUAUGUGGAGGAAAGCGGUGGACAGGGAAAGGAAAGAAACCGAGUUUCAAAAACUUGCUAAUAAUCUCGCUAAGAUUGACGAUGAUAGCGUUGGCGGUGAUGAUGAGAGUAAAGACAUUAUCGAGCAGAAGAGCGAGGAGUUCCGGAAGAUUCUGGAAGUUUCGAAGGAGGAAAGGGAUCGGAUUCAGAGAAUGCAAGUAAUCGAUCGUGCUGCGGAGGCGAUUGCGGCGGCUCGCUCUAUUCUCAAGAAGAACGGUUCUUCUCCGGAAAAGGAGGAUUCCAAGAACGAAAAUGACAGAACAAUCAGAGUUCAAGAAGACGGAAAUCAGAGUGGGAGCAUUUUUGUUACUCGGUCGGAAAAUUCUGGGAAUGGUACACCUGGUCCAGAUUUUUGGUCCUGGACACCUCCUCAAAGUACUGAUGAGAUUUCAGAUAAUAUGGAUGGUUUGCAGACUGCUAAACAAACUUCAGAGUAUCCAAUAUCGAGCAAUCUGGUUUUGGAGAAAGAUCAGUCUGUUGGUUUUCUCUCAAUUCCUUUUGAGAGUAAGGCUUACGAGACCACCCGCAAUCUUCCUCCUUUUCAAUCGCUGAUAGAGGUUGAUAAAACAAAAGCAUCUGAGAUUGCAGUAGAGAAGACUUCUGUAAAAGAUGAACAUGACCUUGAAGUUGAAUUUUCUGCACACGCUGCGGAAGCAGCUGAUGCCCUUCAUAAGGCCAAAGAAUUAUCAACCCAAGGAGUCCAUCCAGAUGGAACGAGAUGGUGGAGAGAAACAGGAAUUGAGCAAAGACCUGAUGGUGUGAUUUGCCGGUGGACAAUGAUCAGGGGUGUUAGUUCUGACCAAGCUGUUGAGUGGCAAGAGAAGUUCUGGGAGGCUUCUGAUGAGUUUGAUUACAAGGAACUUGGUUCUGAGAAAUCAGGACGUGAUGCAUUUGGGAAUAUUUGGAGCGAAUACUGGAGAGAAUCAAUGUUGCAGGAUGGUGGGCUUGUGCAUCUUGAAAAAACUGCUGAUAAGUGGGGAAAGAAUGCAAAAGGUGAGGAGUGGCAAGAAAAAUGGUGGGAACAUUAUGAUGCAUCUGGAAAAUCUGAGAAAUGGGCUCAUAAGUGGUGCAGCAUUGACCCAAACACACCCCUUGAGGCUGGUCAUGCUCAUGUUUGGCAUGAAAGGUGGGGUGAAAAAUAUGAUGGAUAUGGUGGCAGCGUGAAAUACACAGACAAAUGGGCAGAGCGAUGCGAAGGCGGUGGGUGGGCAAAAUGGGGUGACAAAUGGGAUGAACAUUUUGACCUCAAUGGCCAUGGUGUAAAGCAGGGGGAAACAUGGUGGCAAGGGCAACAUGGUGAUCGCUGGAAUCGCACAUGGGGUGAGCACCACAAUGGCUCUGGAUGGGUUCACAAAUAUGGCAAGAGUAGUAGUGGGGAGCACUGGGACACCCAUGUGGAGCAGGAGACUUGGUAUGAGAGAUUCCCACACUUUGGUUUCUAUCACUGCUUUGACAACUCCGUGCAGCUGCGGGAGGUUAAGAAGCCAUCUGAGAUGUCUGAACAAUAGAUCUUUUAUUUGUUUAUUCAUUUAAAUAUAUUGCAUGUACAUCUUUCAUACCAAAAAAAAUGUAAUAAGUAGUAAUUGUUCCUCACGCAGAAACUAGUGUUUACAAGAAAAAAUAAUAGAAUCUCCUGUCAUACGUAUAUUGCUGAGGUUUGUAUAUUUCUCAUAACAGCUUCCGUUUUGAACUUAGAUAACGUUUGGUACGAGAGAAGUGAGAAUAUAUUUUUUGUAAUA